CACCCCUCCCCCAUAUUCUUCCAGACACCACCGCUCGCGGCCAUCUACAUCCACAUAUCCGCUCUCACAACCUCCACCAUGCCUCUGGGACUCAACAACCCGCUUCCGUCUUCCAUGCGAAGCGAAUGCAGGAAGACUGGAAAGAUCCUCGCCUCCUUUGUCGACCCGCGACAAGCCUUUGGCCCUGACAAAAUUAUACCACCGCAGAUUCUCGCCAAUGCUAAGGGCCUCGCAAUCCUCACCGUAUUCAAAGCAGGCUUCCUCGGCACUGCACGAUUCGGAUCUGGUGUCGUCGUUGCCCGUCUUUCUGACGGGACCUGGUCCGCUCCCACCGCCAUCGGCACUGUAGGCGGUGGAUUCGGAGGUCAGAUCGGGUUCGAGUUAACAGAUUUUGUUUUCAUCCUCAACGAUGCCUCGGCCGUCAAGACAUUCGCGCAGGCUGGGUCUCUGACGCUGGGCGGGAAUGUCUCCAUUGCCGCAGGCCCGGUGGGCCGCAAUGCCGAAGCUGCGGGCGCGGCCAGCUUGAAGAGCGUCGCUGGCAUAUUCGCAUACUCGAAGACGAAGGGACUGUUCGCGGGUGUGUCACUUGAGGGCUCUGCCAUCAUCGAACGGCGAGACGCGAACGAGAAGCUAUACGGGAGACGAUGGACCGCGCGCGAGCUGCUCAGCGGACAGGUUCCCCCGCCGCCAGCAUCGGAGCCUCUCAUGCGAGUGCUCAAUUCGAGAGUCUUCGCGGGUGUGGCGGGCGCACAAAACGCGGACUCCAUGUACAACGACAUCCCUGUUUACGACGAAGCACACGAGGACGUGGUGUGGCAAGGAAGAAGAGGCUCCGCGUACGGCGAGGGCGUCCGCUCGAAUCGCACAGGUUCCGUAGGCCAGGACGAUGAGUAUGUCUACCGCGAUAGGCCAUCGCGCGCCAGCACAUGGGCAGAUGAUAUCUACGACCGAUCCCCGCCUUCGCAAGGCGUCAACCGUUCUUUCACGACACGUGCCAAUCCCAACGAGACUUUCGAUAGGCUUGAUAGCCGCGAAACCCGCAAUCGUAGCGGUUCUGGGUUCAGCGAUAACUAUACAUUCAACGACAAACCAAAGCCCGCCAGACCGACAGCGCCGAAGCCAGUCUUUGGCGUGAAGAAGGCGUCAAUGGGACCAGAUCAAGCAAUUGCAAAAUUCACAUUCGAGCCUGAUCAAGCAGGCGACCUAGGAUUCAAAAAGGGCGAGGUCAUUACAAUUCUGAAGCGGACGGACAACGAGACAGAUUGGUGGACUGGAAGGAUAGGAGAUCGUGAAGGGAUCUUCCCUAGCAAUUAUGUCGAAACUGUCUGAUCACCGAACUCCCACUGUCUCUACUCCACCCAUACCUAUCGAAUAUAUAUCCCUACAACCCAAUUGGAUACACGCGGCCCCCGACGGCCACUUUUGAAUAGCAAAGCGCGUUCGGAACGUCUCAAAUUGGGCAUAGCAAGGCGUUUUCGGAGGAAAUCUGCUCCCUUGAUGAGCUUGUUUUUUUCUUUGAUGCUCUGCGUGCAGCUUUGUCAUUGGAUUUGAGAUUUCGAGUACCCCCUGGUAGAUACGGUUAGUAUAGUGAUAGUCAUAGGAUAUUUAUAUCAAAACUUGUUCAUGAAGAGGUU